AUGCGUGCUGUAUGGGAAGUGACGCGAUUGAAAAAUUUGUCGUACGACCAUGAUAGGAAAGUUGUCGAGAAUCUAGAAAUUUUCCAGCUUGUAGCCAGUAAAGGCGCUUAAAAAAAUGCUCGAUGGGCUGCAGAAUAGAAAAGUUGUCGAGUCUCCAGAAAUUUUCCCGGCAGCAAAAUGUAAUAUCAAGCUAACGAUCGAGUCGCCUCGUGUACGAACGAUAUCGCGCUCGCGUUUUAAGAUUGCUAUUAAAUUUGCCGUACGACGAGGACAGGAAAGUUCUACGGGAACCUAGAAAUGUUCUAUCUCGUAGCCAGUCGACGCGCUUAAAAAAAUUUCUCAAUGGGCUGCAGAAUAGAAAAGUUGUCGAGUCUCUAGAAAUUUUCUACCCGGCGGCAAAUCUAAUAGCGGGCCAACGAUCGAGCCCCCUUUGUGUACGAACGGUAUCGCGUUCGCGUUCCGAGAAACACAAUAAACAACGAACGUUGUAAAAACGCUGGUAGCCGCCUCGCGUACGAAUCAUUUCAUCCCCGCGUACCCGGUAGAGGGGUGACCUUUGCCGGCGCGCGAUAAGCCGUAACGUACGCCGGCACACCGCGAGCGCGUGAAAAACAAGUUACGAUCAGUCGUACGUCGUGGCUCGAGACGGCCGGGCGUGUAACCGCCUCGCUCCAUUGCUUCCCCGCGGAACGCGAGCGCGAUCGGAGUAACACGCGUGUGCGGUGUGCGACGCUCCGUUAACAAUAUCCACGACGAGGCUUAAUUCGGUUCUACCGGCUGGGAGCGUCGCACGAGACGAAGUUGGCAACAUUGUCCCGUGAGUUUUUCGGUAACGUCGCGAACGGCAUAGUUCCGUAGCCGCGCAUUGAGACGCGCGAUCGCGAAAGUUGAACGUUUUAAUUGGCGGCGAGGGUUCUUUUCACGUCGCGGAAUGAUAAAGUGCGUGUCGCGCGUGAUUAACGUCGGGAGUGCCGGGCGAAGUAUGCGAUCGUCGUAUGCCGCUGAUUAGUGCGCGCGCGCGCGCGCGCGCGUAAUUAACCCGAUUUUCGCGAGUGUUACGUGUGCAACUCGGAGGAAACUAUGGAGGAGUCUAACCUGAGAGGAGGAGGAGGCCCGGGCGAGGCGUCGGGCGACGGCGAAGCAGCCCCCGAUGAUGGCGAUGCCGAGGCCGUGGUGCACAGGCCGCAGUAGCGGGAAUAGAUAAGGCAGCGAGGGGCCGCGCGCCGUGCCAGUCAUGUGUAGUGUCAUGUGGCUUCUUCGGCUCCUGACGAUCUAUCGCUUGGCUCACCUCUCGGCAUCCGGUGCGCAGACAGAACUGCCUCUGGUGACGGAUUCGAUUUCGACGAAAUCGACGACGGCGGCGAAGCGAUCUGUGCCGACGGAUGCACCAAUGCUGAACUACAUCUUUGACACGCACAGCACUCUGAACAAGCAUCAGCAUCAUCACGAUCACAAAUGGGGCCCUCACUUCGAAGGCGUGAGCUCCAACAUUACGGUGCAGGCUGGUGCUAGUGUCACGCUUGAUUGUAGGAUAUCGUUGCUGCAGGACAAAACCGUAUCCUGGCUGCGACGACAGGAGAGUAGCGAGAAGAUGAGAUUACUGACAGUGGGCCAGCAGACGUACACGGGCGAUUCGAGAUACACCAUCGAAUUUCAGUACCCGGACAACUGGCGUCUGCGUAUCAAACGUGUUAACAGCAGCGACGAGGGUCAAUACGAGUGUCAGAUCAGCACCCAUCCACCAAAGUUCAUUUAUGUCAACCUACACAUUAAUGCGCCGUCCGUCCAAAUAGUGGACGCCCUGGGCGAACCACUGCGGGACAAAUAUUAUGAAGCUGAUAGCACCAUCGAACUAUUGUGUGUCGUGCGUCAUCUAGCGAUGCAGGUGCAGUACAGCGUCGUCCAGUGGCUCCAUGGCAAUAGAGUCUUGAACUACGAUACGACGAGAGGUGGUAUCAGCGUGAAAACGGACCUGAUGGAAGAGGGGGCCAAUUCGACUCUCAGCAUAGCUAAGGUCGGACCUUCGGAUAGCGGAAAUUACACCUGCCAACUUACCACCAUGCCGGACCAACCCGCCACAGUUCACGUGCACGUUUUAAACGGAGAAAGUUUAGCCGAGCUACAUCAUAGCGGUGCACGGCUCGCUCGAGCGGAUGCCGCUAGCUCAUCGCUAUUCUUCCUGGCUGCCGUUCUAGCCCGGUCGGGUCAGGUGCUCAGAUGAAGGCUCAACCCAGCUUCCUCGGGUAUUACGAGAGCCGCCCGGGUUGGCGAAAGAGAGCACUUCGUGGCGGUGACAAAGGGACAGUGCUCCGCGACGGUGAACGAAACGCUAUCACCUGUGUAUCGCGCGAACUUUUCUAUUAUCGUGACGAGAGUGGACACGAGGGCCAAAGAGGGAGUGUGUUACGAUAACAUAUUACGUUGACAUAAGGAACGUAGGCGAAACAGAGGCGGUUGGCUGCCGUUGUCUCGGGACGUUAUUCUAAACGCGACAUGGAUCGCUCGGCACUCGUGAGAUUCGUGCCGAAGCGUGUCUGUAUCGCCAAAUAAUACCUUCGUCAAUUCUCAGCGCAAUUUCAUUCGUGCGAAUUGUACACGGAAUUUAAAUUUUUCAAGCAGGAUAGACGCUUCAGUGAACGGCUGGUAUUGACAUCUCUUGACAUCUCUCUAGCUUGUUAAUUCGAGAGCUGGUGGUACACUGCUCAUUGUACAUAAAUUCACGCGAAAAGUAUAUCAGGCGAAAAAGAUUGGGCCCGUAUUGGCACAUUUGUUUUAUUUAUUCAAUUGUUAUCAUAAUGAUUAAUUAGAUUUAAGUCUCGUUUAUUAUAACAUACUCGUUUAUAAGAGUGUUAUAGAUUUAAUUAUUAUUUAUUCACGAUAAGUCGUUCACUAAUGUGCCUAUUCCAUUUUUAGCUCGGCUCAUUUGAAUUUCGCGUCUACAAAUUCCAUUAGGUUUGAAGAUUUCUGUGCGCGAGCACAGUACCAGAAACUAAAUUACAAGUAUAACACGCUGCUUACCAGACGCGAAGCAAAUUAUUCGGUUUAUUGGGAAACGAUGACGCCGUUAACAUCGGUCGUGCUAUUCGGCGCGCGUUUGAUCACUCGAUAUUAGCACCUCGCCAAGUUAUUCUAGCGCAGUCGCUCUCGCAACUAGAAAUGACCAAAGCUACGGUAAAAUCAUAAAUCUGCGUAUCGAAUAACCAAUAACCGGUAAACAAUAAAGGCUCGGGGCACAAACUGCUAACCGAGCUAUUGAAGUGGCUGCUAUCGCGUAUCACUAUGGCUGUGAUAAUCGAGACAAAUUGCGCUGUUCGAUUCGGCCUCCAUCCAUCACUAUUCGCGCCAUUAUAUUACAAAAUUCUCUGCAUCCAUCGGGGCGUUUUUUAACGCGGAACGAGUGUGAGGAUUCACACGGGACUCGCAAAAUUUUUCAAUUAACAGGAUCACGAGCUUCCAUCGUUUUAUCCAAUAAUAUUAUUUUAUUAUUGGUAAUUAAAAGGCAUCAAAUUUCUCGUCGAAUGUACAACGUCGAUUGUUGAUCCAUCAGAGAUUGUCGCCCGUUAAUAAGAUUUAUUGAAUAUUUCGACGUUAUUUUGAUUAUUAUAAUAAAUUAUCACUGUUAAUUAUGAUAAUAAUAUAAUAUGAAAACAUAUAUAUAUAUAUAUUAUACGCACUGUAAAUUAAGUUAAUCUACGACAACGUUAAAUGAAAAUUAUUAAGGGGAGAGAAUGAUUAAAAGCGGACAUCGUCCGCUUUCUAAUAUCGGUGCCCGUUGUUUGCAACAGGGUGAUAAUGUAUUGUAUAAAUGUUUGUAUAAAUUCGCCAAGAUACAUUCAGAUGCUGUAUUUUGCAGCUCGCUGCACAUGUGAAAACAAAUACCUUUUAUAUUGUUUUGUUAUUUAAUUCGUGUCCCAUAAUUACAUUAUCUCAUACAAGAAAAUUUAAAACGCGGCUUGUCAAGAUAUCAUCCGAAUGUAUGUUGUACAGUGAUGAAGGUACGCUUGUCUUUCAUGCAGCCAACCAAAUCUCUAUGCUAUGAGAGAAUACGUGUGUACGCGUGAGAGAAAGAGCGGGAGAGAGAGAUUAUGCGCUAUAAUAUAUAAAUUUAAGCCGAACCUAACGUUUUAUCGUGAGGAAAACGAAAUCACGUAAUAUACGAUAUGCGUUUUACAAGAA